AACGUGUCGAAACUACCAUUCCCGUCAGAAUGUUCAACCAGGAAGAGAACCUGUGAUGUGGUCCUAGGGUAAAACAACAUGACAGAGCUCACUGCAACAUCUCAGAACAUGAAAUGGACUUGAAUUUAUGUUAAGGAUGAGAACCUUGUAUUGUUGCGUUUCGGUAUAUCUCAUCUUGUGUUUCGUAAAACCUCAUUCGGGAGAUGAAAUCAAGGCACAGGACUCGGAGUUGGUUGUGCAUAGGAGGGAAGACGAUGGAGCCAGCCAGGUGGACCAGGUUCCACUCGCUGAGAAUCAGCAUUCCCCCAAAAUGACAGGCAAGGACCCGGCACUCAACUUGCACUCCGACGGUGUACAUGCCGAGCAGAUUAGUAGCCUGAAUGACACCGAAACUUCCAGCAAUGACACGGUCCAUGCCACCACCCAUGUGACCAAGGCUGCGACCCCUGUUCCUCCGACAGUGAAGCCCAUCUUGCCAGUGCAGACUGGAGUCAAGGCCCAGGAGGAGGAGCAGUCCAGUGGGAUGACAAUCUUCUUCAGUCUGCUUGUCAUUGGGAUCUGCAUCAUAUUGGUGCACUUGCUUAUUAAGUUCAAGCUUCACUUCCUGCCCGAGAGUGUGGCAGUAGUCUCGCUGGGGAUCCUCAUGGGAGCCUUCAUAAAGAUCAUCGAGUUUCAGGAGUUAGCCAACUGGAAGGAGGAGGAAAUGUUUCGCCCCAACAUGUUUUUCCUCCUGCUGCUGCCCCCCAUCAUCUUUGAGUCUGGGUACUCACUGCACAAGGGAAACUUCUUCCAGAACAUCGGAUCCAUUACGCUCUUCGCCGUGAUCGGAACUGCCAUCUCCGCCUUCAUUGUGGGAGGAGGGAUCUAUUUCUUGGGCCAGGCGGAUGUGAUCUACAAGAUGAGCAUGACCGAUAGCUUUGCCUUUGGGUCGCUCAUCUCCGCAGUGGACCCUGUGGCCACCAUCGCCAUCUUCAACGCCCUCAACGUGGACCCUGUGCUCAACAUGCUGGUGUUCGGAGAGAGCAUCCUCAACGAUGCAGUUUCCAUUGUGCUCACAAACACUGCCGAGGGCUUCGCUGGCUCUGAAGCCUCCACGGUGACAGGCUGGGAGACCUUCCUGCAGGCGCUGGGCUACUUCCUCCAGAUGUUCUUUGGCUCGGCUGCACUAGGCACACUUACGGGCCUCAUCUCCGCGAUUUCUCUGAAGCACUUUGACCUGAGGAAGACACCGUCGCUGGAGUUUGGGAUGAUGAUCAUCUUUGCCUACCUCCCCUAUGGGCUGGCAGAGGGGAUCAAGCUCUCCGGUAUCAUGGCCAUUUUGUUCUCAGGGAUUGUGAUGUCUCACUACACCCAUCACAAUCUGUCUCCUGUCACUCAGAUCCUCAUGCAGCAGACCCUGCGCGCUGUGGCCUUCAUGUGUGAAACGUGUGUGUUUGCUUUCCUGGGCCUCUCCAUAUUCAGCUUCCCUCACAAGUUUGAGCUCUCCUUCGUCAUCUGGUGCAUCGUGUUGGUUCUGCUGGGCCGAGCGGUGAAUAUCUUUCCUCUGUCCUUCCUGCUCAACUUCUUCCGGGACCACAAGAUCACGCCCAAAAUGAUGUUCAUCAUGUGGUUCAGUGGCCUGCGCGGGGCCAUCCCCUACGCUCUGAGCCUUCACUUGGGCCUGGAGCCCAUCGAGAAGAGGCAGCUGAUCGGCACCACCACCAUCGUCAUCGUGCUCUUCACCAUCCUGCUGAUGGGGGGCGGGACCAUGCCCCUCAUCCGCAUAAUGGACAUCGAGGAAAGCCAAACUCGCCGCAGGAGCAAGAAGGACAUCAACCUCAGCAAGACGCAGAAGAUGGGUAACACCAUCGAGGCAGAGCACCUGUCGGAGCUGACUGAGGAGGAGUACGAGGCCCAUAUUGUCCAGAGGCAGGACCUGAAAGGCUUCAUGUGGCUCGAUGCCAAGUACCUCAACCCCUUCUUCACUCGCAGGCUUACCCAGGAGGACCUGCUCCACGGCCGCAUCCAGAUGAAGAGUCUGACCAACAAGUGGUACGAGGAGGUGCGGCAGGGCCCCUCCGGCUCCGAGGAUGACAACGAUGAGACUGAGCUGCUCUGAGCAUGUUCGAGGGUCAAGGGUCACGCUCUCCGACCAACAGCAGCCAGUGGUACCAGUGCUGAGGCCAGGCCUCACUAAUCUACACUCGAACACACGGUUGAUCAUGCCACUCAUUUCCCCAACCGCUUGUUCCUCACAGCGCACCCCUCCACUGGAACAUACCACUUCAACCAAAUGGGAGAGCAGUAGAAGGAGCACUGUCAGAUAUUUGACAACACGGCUGUUACGGGGGGGGGGCUUGCGGGGGUGGGGGGCUAACUAACACUGUGGAGGUGUUAAAUUAAAAAGGUGAAUGGUGAAAGGGAAUGUUACGGGAACAUCAUUAAAGAAUCUGCGUUUUGUAAGAGAAAAGAGAGAAAAGGGAGAGUAUAACGAAAUGAUACUUGUGCACUUUCUUUAGUGUUGUAACCUUCAUGUUGUAACCUCUUGGUCAAUGUUUUUUUCUCUUUUUCACCUUAUUUACCUUCAUUUGAUUUAUGGAGGAAAGGCACAGGUGAAUGUUUCAGCAUCAGGCUUUAAGCUUAAAUGUGAAAUUUUGGUUUCUCUUUUUUUGUAUUUAUUGGGAGAGGGAUGAAGCUAAUAUAACUUAAACAAAUCUUUCUAUCACGCUCUUUAAUUUAGAUUAUUAUUAUUUGUAUUUGUCUACAUGAAGAAAGACACUAUGAAUGAAAAAAACUGUAAUGUGUUGGGGGGGGGGGCCUGACAUAGUUUGAUAAUGAAUGUUUAUAUGUCGAUAAAAUGAUUUUAUAAUGUCCUAUCAAUAGUUAUAAUAAAACACACCCUCAUCCUGUUAA